GUACGUAUUCAUCAGCGUUUACAACAUGACUCAAAAUGGCUGUGCUCUUCUCCACUAGACGCCUACUAGGGAACUGAAAGAAAAAGCAACCUAAUCACACCAACAAUUUGUUCAGGUUUCACCCAGUUUGGGCCAUAGAGGAUAAAUCCACUAUGACAAGCUUCCAGCCUUGGUUGUAAUUGUGGCGCACAUCUCACACACCUGCAUGGGGAGGAUGGAGAGCGAUUGCAGAAUCCCCAUGUUGUGCUUGAGGCCCAGAGUCCUGGCUUUACAUGCACUCUUCUGGGGUUUGGUGUCUCUCAGAGUGUUUGGUGCAGCUCUGCUGAGUGAGGAGAAGACCACAGUGGCCAGGCCGGUAACCACCCCCUGUUGGCAGAUGGAGGAGUUUGUGGUUGCGGUGGAAUGCUCCCGGUGCACUGCUUUCCAGUUGAAGUCAUGGGCAGCAUGUACUCAGACGGGAUACGUGGAGAGGAUCAACUGCACCAAGUCUAAUAAAGAUGAGUACAAGAGCUGCCGCUCUACCCUGAUGGAGGAACUCCUUUUCUGGAAGUUUGAGGGAGCCAUGUUGGGCCUUACCAUACUGUUCGCCCUCGUAGUGGUCGCUAGGCAACGUUCGCUGGACCGGCUUGCCUCCGAGAAAGUCCGCAGGCAAAUCGAGUCCAUCUAGCACAGUACACCGGAGUGAAGAGACUAGUAGACCUCAACAUAGUCGCUCAGCUCAUUUCAAACUCUUAAGAAUGAACAGAGCCACCAAAUUUCAACAGCAUGGAGGUCUGGAGAACGGUAUAUCCGACAAUGGGCCAGGCUUACUGGAAAACAGUUUCUACAUUUUGUUGUUGAAGAAAUGAAAAUGAAAUCAAGAUUGACAAUGAAACUCCAGCCCUAAUUAUAACCCGCCAAAGCACAAAUGAUGAACAGUGUCUGGCGUUUUGUCAAUGGAAUUAAUAUCCCUAAAGGUAAUGGCUCUUCUGAGCAGUAAACUUGCGGUACUUUGAUCUAGACAAAGUCUGUGAAAUUGAUGAACGUUGGGAACUGGCUACAUUCUAAGUAGCAGACAAUUAUUUAUUUAUUUUUUAACCGUUAUUUUACCAGGUAAGUUGACUGAGAACACGUUCUCAUUUGCAGCAACAACCUGGGGAAUAGUUACAGGGGAGAGGAGGGGGAUGAAUGAGCCAAUUGUAAACUGGGGAUUAUUAGGUGACCAUGAUGGUUUGAGGGCCAGAUUGGGAAUUUUAGCCAGGACACCGGGGUUAACACCCCUACUCUUACGAUACGUGCCAUGGGAUCUUUAAUGACCUCAGAGAGUCAGGACACCCGUUUAACGUCCCAUCCGAAAGACGGCACCCUACACAGGGUAGUGUCCCCAAUCACUGCCCUGGGGCAUUGGGAUAUUUUUUAGACCAGAGGAAAGAGUGCCUCCUACUGGCCCUCCAACACCACUUCCAGCAGCAUCUGGUCUCCCAUCCAGGGACUGACCAGGACCAACCCUGCUUAGCUUCAGAAGCAAGCCAGCAGUGGUAUGCAGGGUGGUAUGCUGCUGGCAUUGAUGGAUUCGUUCAAGCCACAUACAUGGUUCUUUAAUUACGUUUGAAAUUAUAAUUUUUUGCCUGUAUACAGAAUUGUCUGACAAAUGCCAAACAAGUUUCUGGCACGUUUCUGUUCUCUGAGAGAACCAAGAAUAUAAUAUAGUGUCAAAUGCCCUGUCUCACUUGGAAACAUCGACUAAUAACUAGGUCUGUGACUCGAAUGGAUCUAGAAUCGGUCUUAUUGGGGCAUAAAUAAGAAUUUGUUCUUUACUAACUUGCCUAGUUAAAUAAAGGUAACUUUUUUUCCUUUUUAAGAAAAAAACAUGGGAUGGGUUUGCAUAGUGUUACCGUGUACUGGAGUAUAAGUUUCAUGCUGCAAUGCUGUUUUCACCUUCGUGGGUUUCAUAUUUCCAAGGUUCAGUAUUGGUGUUCUGCCGAAAGUCUACAAUCACUAUGUUGUGAAAUCUUGUGUGUUUGGAGAUUCCAUUCCAGACAUGGUUCUAAAUGCAAACACUAACAUUUGACUACUAGUGUUUUUGAUAGGCUAUAGAGUUUCCAACACGACACACAUUCAUUUUAAAACUGUUGGAUUUCCACUGUGACUCACUUUUUUUUUUACUCCUUUUAAUGUUGGUCUCUGAGCUUAGUGAUUGCCAAGACUUUCCAGAUGGGUUCAAACUAAUGAUUUUAUCAUAUGUUUACAUUUGAACUGUAAAUAAGGUAUUUUUAGGAAAGGUGUAAGAUGUUUUCAAACGUCAGCAGCUGACAGAUUACAAAAUAAAUGGGGGAAAAAAUCUGA